CUCAGCACGCUGGGCCUGAAGGAAGCGUUCCCUCGCCGACCCAACUAUGGAACAAAGGGAGCAGAAGUGGUGCUCUGGGCAAACUAUGUCGCCAUGACGGCAUCUCCCAAGCUUGUCCUCUACCGAUAUGACAUCGCCGUUGCUCCCGCCGCCACGGGGAAGAAGCUGACACAAAUCAUCCGCCUGCUGCUGGAGGCAUCGGAGCUGGCGGCCUAUCAGCACGAUAUCGUCAGCGACUUCAAGUCUACGCUUAUCUGCCGACAGAAGUUUGCCGACUUGACCGUGACUGUGCCGUACCGAAAAGAAGGCCACGAGGAGCCACGCGAGAAUGCCCCCCAGUACAAUGUCAAGCUUCAGCUUACCAAUUCUCUGGCCACUUCGGAGCUGAUCAGCUACCUUACUUCGACGGAUCCAUCUGCCCAAUACGACGAGAAGCUGCCUCUUAUCCAAGCAUUCAACAUUUUCCUCAAUCAUUAUGCAAAGACAUCCAACAAUCUCGCUAGUAUUGGGUCAGCAAAAGUCUUUCCUUUGGGCGCGGAUGCUGAUACUUGGGACCUUGGGAGCUGCCUUACAGCUAUGCGUGGCUUCUUUGCUAGCGUUCGUGCGGCAACAGCUCGCGUGCUUGUCAACGUCAAUCCUACUCACGCUGCCUUCUUUCAAGAUGGUCCUCUUGACCAAUUUAUAAUUAAGCUUAUCAGCUUUCAGAGAAAUACUUACAGACAAGCAGCAUUUAUAAAUAGGAUCAAAGUCAGAACCACCCAUCUGAAAGAGAAGCUAGACAAGCAGGGCAAGCCAAUCCCGCGCAUCAAAACCAUCUUUGGCUAUGCCACCAAGAACGAUGGCCAUGGCCUCGAGCACCCUCCUAGGGUCAAGGCAUUUGGAAGCGGACCUAAAGAUGUCGAGUUCUGGCUCGACGCGCCCGCAAAAGGCCAAUCUCAAGCUGCCUCUGCGUCUGGCGGCAAGAAAAAGGGCGGCAAGGGCAGCAACCCGCAGAGCGCGUCUGGGUCGUCCGCAGGACAGUACAUUUCUGUUUAUGAUUUCUUCGUCAGAACUCACAAUUUUCGCAUCAGCGACCCAAGAUUGCCAGUCAUCAAUGUUGGAAACAGGGAGAAUCCAAUGUAUUUGCCAGUUCAAGCCUGCCAUGUGCUGCCUGGCCAGCCUUCCAACUCAAGGCUUGACCCCUCUCAGACCCAGCAGAUGAUUAGAUUUGCUGUCAAGAGGCCGGCGGAAAAUGCGACGUUUAUUGUUUCCAAGGGACUGCAGGCUGCUGGUUUAACCUCUCAAGUGAACUCUUUGUUGAGCCAAUUUGGCGUCAAUGUUGCCCCCGGCCUCAUCACUGUGCCUGGCCGCGUUCUCAUGGGACCAAAGGUCGGCUAUGGCCAGAAUCAGCAAGUGUCGACGUUUGGGGGGACUUGGAACCUGGUACCAAGGAAUGCCCCAAGCCUGAAAUUCAGCACCUGCGGCAGCGUGCAGAAGUGGUCUUGCUUAUACAUUGAAAUGCCCAAUGACCACCCAAGAGCGCAGCAGUUCAGCUCGCAGGAUCUCAACGGUAUUGUACAAAGCUUCCACCGGGUUCUGCAAGACACUGGAAUCGCUGCGAGCGCGCCUCUCCCAAUUCAGCGACUGCAGCUGAGUGACACAGACGACGCUCAGCUCGAGGAUAUGUUCAAGCGUGCCGCAUCGGCGCUACAGCUGCUCUUCAUCAUCCUGCCUCACACCCCCAUUCCGCUAUAUAAUCGUAUCAAACUUCUGGGAGAUGUCAAGUAUGGCAUCCAUACCAUCUGCAGCGUCGGCGCGAAAAUUGCCAAGCCUAAUGGGCAAGAUCAAUAUCUUCGCAACCUGGCGCUCAAGUUCAACCUGAAGCUGGGCGGCAACAACCAUGUCGUUGACCCUUCACGCCUGGGGUUCAUUGCCGAAGACAAGACUAUGAUUGUAGGCAUUGAUGUCACUCAUCCGUCUCCGGGUUCGAAGGGUGCUCCCAGUGUCGCCGGCGUGGUUGCCAGCGUAGACCGGUGGCUUGGCCAGUGGCCUUCGGUCCUCAGCGUCCAGAAAAGCCGCAAGGAGAUGGUUACGGAGCUUGGCAUCAUGCUGAAGUCGCGCCUUGAAUUGUGGCGCAAGAGGGGCAAACAUACUGCCUAUCCUGAAAAUAUCAUCAUUUACCGCGACGGCGUCUCAGAGGGCCAGUAUCAGUCCGUGUUGGACGAGGAGCUGCCGCAGAUACGCGCUGUUUGCAAGGAGGUUUACCCGGCUGCCGAUCAAAAGAAAGGCCUGCCUCGCCUGACUAUCGCUGUUGUGGGAAAGCGUCAUCAUACGCGUUUCUAUCCUACUGCAGCUGCUGAUGCCGACAAUUCGGGCAACACCAAAUCCGGCACCGUGGUCGACCGAGGCGUGACCGAAGCCCGCAACUGGGACUUUUUCCUCCAGGCGCACACAGCGUUACAGGGCACCGCACGGCCAGGGCACUACUAUGUCGUGUUGGAUGAGAUCUUCCGGCAGCGAUAUGCAAAGACGCCAGGCAAGAACAUUGCGGACGAGUUCCAGGACUUGACUCAGAGCAUGUGCUACAUAUUUGGCCGAGCCACCAAGGCUGUGAGUUACUGCACGCCCGCGUACUAUGCCGACAUUCUGUGUGAGCGUGCGCGGUGCUAUCUCAGUCACUUGUUUGAUUCGCCGGCCAAUUCAGCGGCACCGUCGGUGGUGGAGGGUUCGGAGGGCCAUGCGGCAUCUGGGCAGGACGUAAAGAUUCACGAGAGGCUGAAGAACAGCAUGUUUUACAUCUGA